UUUUAUUUAUUUAUUUUAUUUUACUUUUCUAUUAUGAAUCGAAUACGGAAGCCUGCGCUCGUGAGCUAGUCACAUGACUGUCUUCCUGCCAAAGCAGUAAAUAUCAGGCGAGCUAGCAGGCACAAUCUAUCUGGCUACUCCCUCCAUCAGCAGAAUAGACAAUGUUUUAUCAUCCAUUAUUUAAUUUAAUUUAAGCCGUUAACAGUCCAGCGUCUGUUGGGUGUGUGGUGCGUUUUGAUAAGCGAUGAACCGACAGCUUCACUUUGUAUUAUAAGGGAGGCUCGUCCACUUAAUCAAAUCUGUGGUGAUUUAGCUAGCUUCACAGGUUAGCUUAACGCUAGCAAGCUGAGUUAGCGUCUAAAGGAGGUUUCGUUGCUAGUGACUAUGCAAGGGGAAACCACGGCUAUACGAAUCACGGAAAACGAAGGCAAGCUGGAUGUAUUUCCUCAAAACAAGACCACAAGCUCGGGGAGAGCAAGUGCCAAAAGCUGGCAGUAUAGUGACCACAUGGAGAAUAUUGAUGGCUACUUGAUGAAAUACACCAACCUUGUAACAGGGUGGCAAUACAGGUUCUUUGUCUUAAACAAUGAAGCGGGCUUGCUGGAGUACUUCGUCAAUGAGCAGUCGCGGCCCCAGAAGCCCCGAGGCAUGCUCCCCCUAGCAGGGGCCGUCAUCUCACCCAGCGACGAGGACUCGCAUACUUUCACUGUCAACGCCAUCAGCGGGGAGCAGUACAAGCUCAGGGCCACCGAUGCCAAAGAGAGGCAGCACUGGGUGAGCAGACUGCAGAUCUGCACACAGCACCACACAGAGGCCAUGGGGAAGAGUAAUCCCCCACCCAAGUCCCGGAGUUACUCUAUGGCGUCUCAAGGCAGCGGAAGCUCACCCAUGUCCCUGCGCCGGCCCAGCCAAAACCCCAACACCUUAUUCAGCUGGUCGCAGGUCAACAAGGGCUCGUCACUCUACUCCAGCAAGAGGUCCCUGCUGCCAGACCACCUGCUGGACGCCAGAGAGAUGAUGAGCCAGGCCCAGGGCCAGCACAGAGACCUGAUCCAGAGCAUCGAGGGCCUGCCUGCAGCCCCUGGCCUGUCCCCUCUAGACCAGGAUCUGCUGAUGCUCAAGGCCACUUCCAUGGCCACCAUGAACUGCCUCAACGAGUGCCUGCACAUCCUGCACCUGCAGCAGGUGGCCAGGCAGAGAGGCUCCCUGGGAGGACCCACCAUCGAGUGGUUGGAGCCCAAGCUGCCAGACAUCCUGAAGAACGGCAGCAGCUCCCUGGGCAGCUUCACGACAGGAGAGGGCCCGCUGGAGGGGAGCCGUCUGGAGCUCAGCAGCCCCGAGUCCUGCAGCUUCUCUGGGGAACAGGAAGACAUAGAUGCGGAGGAUGAGGCGGAGGACUGCUUCACAGACAAAGAGGAGGACCUGGGUGCUGUGGAGGAGGAGCGGAGCGUCAUCCUACACCUGCUGUCCCAGCUGAAGCUGGGCAUGGACCUCACACGGGUGGUCCUUCCCACCUUCAUCCUAGAGAAGCGCUCUCUGCUGGAGAUGUACGCCGACUUCAUGUCACACCCGGACCUCUUUGUGGCCAUCACCGACGGCAGCAGUGCGGAGGACCGCAUGGUCCGUUUUGUUGAGUACUACCUCACCUCCUUCCAUGAGGGCCGCAAGGGCGCCAUCGCCAAGAAGCCCUACAACCCCAUCAUUGGCGAAACCUUCCACUGUUCCUGGAAGGUACCCAAGAGACCAGAGGCCUCCAAGGAGCCCUCGCAGGGAAGUCCGGACCUGGCCGCCUCCCAGGACCCCUACCAAGUGCGCUUUGUGGCGGAGCAGGUGUCCCACCACCCCCCUGUGUCUGGCUUCUACGCUGAAUGCCAGGAGAGGCGGAUGUGUGUGAACACGCAUGUGUGGACAAAGAGCAAGUUCAUGGGAAUGUCCAUUGGAGUAUCCAUGAUAGGAGAAGGUUGUCUGUCUUUGCUGGAGCACGAUGAAGAAUACACUUUCACGCUGCCUUGUGCAUAUGCACGCUCCAUCCUCACUGUUCCCUGGGUGGAACUGGGUGGCAAAGUCAACAUCAGCUGCGCUAAGUCAGGCUACUCUGCAAUCAUCACUUUCCAGACUAAACCAUUCUAUGGUGGCAAAUUACACAAGGUGACAGCGGAGGUGAAGCACAACACCACCAAUGCGGUGGUAUGUCGUGUGCAGGGCGAGUGGAACGGUGUUUUGGAGUUCAGCUACACCAGCGGAGAGACAAGGGUGGUCGACGUCACCAAGCUGCCUGUUACGAAGAAGAGCGUUCGGCCGAUUGAGAAGCAGGGACCAACUGAAUCCAGGCGCCUGUGGCAGCAUGUGACAGAGUCCUUGCGGGAGAAGGAUAUCGAAAAAGCCACGGAGCACAAGAGGCUUCUCGAGGAGAGGCAGAGGACAGAGGAGAGGCACCGCGCAGAGACCGAAACCACUUGGAGGACCAGAUACUUCGACAGAGAGGGCGAAGGCUGGGUCUAUCACAAACCACUUUGGAAAAACUCUACUUUCAAAUCCUAGUUUCUUCAGUCUGUAUCUUGGAUGUUGAUAUUGUAGAUUCAGGUGUGUGUGUGUGUGUGUGUGUGUGUGUGUGUGUGUGUGUGUGUGUGUGUGUGUGUCUGUGUGAGCACACACAUGGUUAUGAAAUGACAGCAUGACCUGCACUGACGUAUAGGUGAAUGCAACAUUGGGGAGAAGGACAGAGACAGCAUGACUGAAGGGGUUCUCGAAUCUCGCUCAUGACGUUCAUGAAGCCUCCAAGUACAAGCUUUUGUACUGCUGAUCAGUUUUUUUUAUAAUCCAAUGUCAAUGAAAACAUAUUCUUGUACAGGUAAUGGUACUCUAUUUACACAGCCUUAAGAUAGUCUGAUGAUGCUCUAAGUUUGGGUUUUGCUGAUCAACCUGGAUAUGGUUCGCUUCUUCUUUUUUUAAGCUGUGGUAUCACACUAAGGUGAAGUUACUUUUGAGGAGUUUCUUCCUAAAAUAAGAUAUCCAACAUAACGAAAACCGAAAUAAUUGAAAUACUGCCUGAUAAAUGUAAUGCUGUAAAACUGUUGUAAAUUGGAUUUAGUGUACUGGAAUGUAAAGUUGCUGUACAUGAUCUUCAUCUAUGUUAAAGCGCCUGAAAACUUUGCUUCAAAUCAAAGUACUUCUCUAUAACAUUAAACAUUCAUGACUAAAUAGGCAACAAUGAAAGUUUAAAAAAAAAAAAAAAACAUUUUUAGGUACUAGCUUUUGAGAGUUUAACAGUCAAAAACUAAGGUAAUCUGCUUCAUCUGGACUGUAUGCAUGUGGUUUCAUCAGAUUUUAUUGACCAUAACCAAACAACCCACCAACUGUCAUCAGAUUCUGAAUCAAAUGUUUCUUAAUCCUGAUUGAUGCACGAAAGAAUGUGACAUCACCUUUUAAUAAUUAAGUCAGGCCUACUUCAAACCUGCGAGGAGAGCACAAAGAAAAGACAAAAACCGAAAUCUCAAGUGUAAAGCAAGAAAAUUGUUCUAACUUUGGCGGAAUUUUUCAUGUUGAUUGAGAAUAUAAGUUUUCACGGCCUUUAAACCCAAAAACAGUUGACAAUAAACACAUAAUACAGAAGCUAUUUCCACUGUCAUUGAGUACAUUUACAUGCACACAAUAUUCUGAUCUAGGAGUAGCUAAUCAUCUUAGGGCAAUACUGUGAUUAUAACAUUCACAUGGUAAAGAUAAAUUAAUUUGUAGUAAUUUGUCUGUAGGGAUCCAAAUCUUUGAGGAGUUACAUUAAAAAUAGGAGCAGUGAAAAAAAAUGUUUGAAUUUGAAGGGUUAAAAAAGACAGAUGAACAAGGCCAAUGUCACUUCCAUAUCUAUGUGAAGCUUAGCUUAGCAUAAAGAUUGGAAACGCCCGGCCUGGCUCUGUCUGAAAGUAACAAAAUUAGCUCACUAAUUAAAAUGUUAUUUCUCAUUUGUUUAAUCCGUGCAGAAUCCAAAUUGUAAAAACGACAUGUUGUGGUUUUACAGGGAGUUUAUGUGCCGAACUAUUUCUUGGUCGGGAGCAGUGACUUCCUGGGGUCUCGUCAUUACCGUGAGGUUGCUGCUUCUGGCCAAGAAAUAGUCCGGCACUUUCCCCGUUUCCAGUCUUUGUGCUAAGCUAAGCUAACUGCCUGCUGGCUGUAGCUUCAUAUUGAAGGGACAGAUAUGAAAGUGGAAUCAAUAUUCUCAUCUAACUCUCAGUAAGAAAUUGAAUAAGCGUAAUUCUCAAAUCGACUUAUUCGUUUAAAGGGGCACCCCAGCAAUUUAGUAAUGCACUAUGAUAAAGUUGGUGAACUUGUGAGAGACAAAAAUGGUAAAAAUCGAAAUAGACAUAACGAUAUCCUUACUUUCAGUUCCUAGUGUGGGUUAAGCUGCAACAAACACUGGAGCCUACAAUUCCCAUAAUGCAGUGCUGUAGCAUUUUUCAUUUCAAACACCACACUCCCAGUUUGUAACGCAGGCUUUGUUAUAAAUUUGCAGUCUCCGAGCCCAAGAGGAGAUAACUCAUCCAUAUGACAUCUUCAGGGUUAUUGUUUCAGAUUUGACGAAGCUUCACCGGUUUAGUAGUCCUCCCUGAGACAAAUACACUGAUCUCUGGUGGAAUGACCCUUUAACCAGGUAACACUUACAUUGAUUAUGACUUGAUGUGUUCACACUAAAAUUUCAACAGUGAAAGUAUUGCCUUAAUUUGGUUAAUAUCAGGUAAAUUGUGUGCAUUUAGAUUACUUAAUGAGAUGAAGUCAUGCAGUUUCUCGAAAUUUUCAUUUAUCUAAUUGUUUGAUGCUAUAUUGAAAUUAACUAAGUCACACUGCUGGAAUGGUAUGUCGUAGACUAGCUGACAGUUUUAAAUAAUCAAAUGACUGCAAUUGAUUGAGGCAUGGGAAUGCAUCUAAAGAUUUCUACACCACCAUUCAUGUGUUAUUUUUAGUUCUGUGGUUUUGCAGUGGAUGGGAAAAAUUCCUACAUGCAUGAUAGCAAAGUCUCUCUGUUCACAUUGAUUUCAGCACGUAUACUACUCCUGUGCAUUACUUAAAUUUAUAAAUGUCUGUUGAAAAAGCUUUUAACCAAAUUAGCUUGUUUUGUAAUGCAAAUAAAUGAAUUUUCUUUGAAUGUGUUUAUCCCCUAUCUUUCGCUUUUAUUGCUCUUAUUUUUUAGAGCCACUUUUUGUAUAGCGAUGUUAACAUUUCUUGUUCCAUCAGUUUUUGGGUUGUCCCCCCCCCCCCCCCCGGAAGUAAUUCCAAUCUACUAUACUGUGUUACCUUAUUUUGUGCCCCCCCCCCCUCAAACUACAUUUUAGCCUCACAUUCUCAAAGCAUUAUCAGGUAUCAGGUAGGACACAGUUCCUAUUUUCUACAGAAAGAGGCAAUCCACCCUGCCAUUGCUAAACUACUCCCUCCCUCCACAUCUUGGUGCCUUAUGCAAACUCUUUCUGUGUGUGUCUUCCAGAUAAGGAGCACAGCAUUUUCAUUCAUAUUUACCUGACCAAUGCAAUGACGUAUGUAUUAUUUGUGUGUGCGUGUUUUCUUUUUAAGAAUCAGUGCUUGAUGUUGAGAGAAGUCGACUAAGCACUUUUAUUCUAGGUUUUGACAUUUUCUUGGUUUUGAAUUCUACUGGUUGUCUUGCUGACCUAUGAAAUGCACUGACACUGAAGGAAACCUGAUGUUAUAGAACAAUGGACUUGUGUGAUAAUAAUCAAAUACAUUGCGUAUCAGUUGUAUACUAUGUUAAAAGUUUUGUUCUCUUUGACAUCAUUAAAAAUAUUUAAUGAAAAGUA